CUCCAGUGCGGAAUAAUACGCGCGAUUACAAGCGGAGAGGCGAAAAGCUCUGUAGACGCGGCCAAGAUGUUGUUGGAGAAGCACGAUCUCGCCGUAGACUCGAAGACGGUCAGGAACCCAUUACGAUCCGCGGGGCUGACCGCCGUGCAUCAGCCCAAGAAACCCAGGCUCUCAUCGAAAAACAUCCGAGAUCGUCUAGACUUCGCGCGGGCGCAUGCCGAGUGGACGCUGGAGGACUGGAAGCGGCCUUCGGAGCCACCAAGUCCAGCAGACAGUUAAGAAUGGGGGCGGUUCUGUGAUGGUGUAGGG